AUGGUUGAAAUCAAAAUUAUUAUCAUCGAAUCGAAAAAUUUAAGCAAUAAUAAACAUACAUACACAAACAUACACACAUACACGCAUGCACAUGCAUACACACUCACAUACACAAAUAUUCACAUAAACAUAUAUUCACAUAUAUAUACUCACAUACACACAUACAUAUACAUACGCAUUUACAUACACAGACUCACAUGCGUUCUACCCACAUACACACAUGCACAUGCACACAUUCGCAUUCACACACACACACAUACACACUCACAUACACAUAUAUUCAUGUAUCCAUGCUUACGUCACACUCACAUACACAAACAUACAUACACAUACACUCACAAACAUAUACUCACGUACACACAUACAUGUACAUACGCGCUCACAUACACAGACUCACGUGCAUUACCCACAUACACACAGGCACAUGCAUACACCCGCAUUCACACAUACAUACACACAUACACUCACAUACACAUAUUCACAUGCAUCAUUCAUGUACACAACUCACAUGCACAUAUGCAGACACAAACAUGUGGUUACCAACUAGCUCGAUUAUCAAACUAUCAAAACUGA